GGAACAUCUAUAAAGCAAAACCCAUAGAUCAUUGCACUGCUAUGCCAUCUAAUGCAGGUUAACAGGGCAUAAAUAAGCGAGCAAAUAAGAAAAUAACCUUUUGGGUCCCAAGCCUUUGCCCGGCUCCAGAAGAAAAGCACCACGCUUACAGAUCCCUCUCCAGCUUUUCUUUCGCGUUUCUGUCCCAGCACCCGGACUGCCGGCGCUUCAGCCAUUACUGCAAAAAUAGCCGCUUCUGCCCAUUUCCCCUGCAAAAGGGAGAGAAAGGCAAGCAUGUUUCCCUGCCGAAGCACCUGCCAGCCGCUGGGAAGCACAACCCCACUUCCCAACUCGCCCAUCUCCCUCCCCUGCACGGCCAGGGAAGGCUGGCGAGGCAGGGCGCCUCACAAAGCUCCCGGACCCCCCUUCUGCCCUCUUCCUCCCGUUGCUGCGAGGCCAGGAGCCCCCCGGCCCCCCAAAAUCCCCGUCCGCCAUGUGAGGGAAGCGGGGCCGCGGCGAGCCCGCCCCCAGGGGCGGCGGGGCCUCGGCUCCGGCUGAGGGAGGGAGGGAGGGAGAGAGGCAAGGAGGGAAGCAAGGAGGGGAGGAAGGAGGGCAGGCAGCCCGCAGCCCCGCCAUGGCAGCCGGCCGGGGGGCCCGGAGCCGAGCCCGCAGGGACCGUGGAUCUGCGGAGCGCUUCCCUCCGAUGUGAACGCAGUGUCCCCUGUGGGAUGCAGUAGGUGAUGCCCAGCGCUACUGCAAUGGCAAUUGGAGCUCUCUCUAGCUCGCUCCUCGUAACCUGCUGCCUCAUGGUUGCCCUCUGUAGCUCCACCAUACCCGUGCAAAAACUGGCCAAGGCUCAAGACAAACAGGAGAUAAAAGCGAGCCAGGAAAAGAGGGAUCACACAUCGACAAGGGACAGCCAGACAGGCCCGGGGAAGAUGAAUGAGAUCGGCAGGAGCGGGAGGGAGGAGGGCACCAGGGACUGGAAGAGCAAAGGAAGCAGGACCUACUCAAACAAGGAGUCGUGGACUAAGCAAAAGCAGGCUUGGAAUAGCCAGGGCACAGGAGGUAAAUCCGGGAGCGUUCAAGUCCAAGAGCAAAGGGAUGCGGCUGCCGAGGACCCUCGGGUGGCCGAAGACUCAUCUCUCCCGGCCGCUGUGGCGAGCGCUACUCCCGAGCCUCCGGAGGAGUAUGCCUACCCGGACUACCGCGGGAAGGGCUGCGUGGACGAGAGUGGCUUCGUCUACGCCAUCGGGGAGAAGUUUGCACCGGGUCCCUCCGCCUGCCCCUGCCUUUGCACUGAAGAGGGACCGCUGUGCAUACAGCCCGAGUGCCCCAGGCUCCACCCUCGGUGCGUUCAUGUGGACACCACGCAGUGCUGCCCGCAGUGCAAGGAGAGGAAGAACUACUGUGAGUUUCGGGGGAAAACCUACCAAACCCUGGAGGAGUUCAUGGUUUCUCCGUGUGAGAAGUGUCGCUGUGAAGCCAAUGGAGAAGUGCUGUGCACUGUGUCAGCUUGUCCCCAGACCGAGUGCGUGGAUCCGGUGUAUGAGCCUGAUCAGUGCUGUCCCAUCUGCAAAAAUGGCCCGAACUGCUUUGCAGAAACCAUUGUCAUUCCAGCAGGCCGAGAGGUGAAAACUGAUGAAUGCACUAUAUGUCACUGUACUUACGAAGAAGGCACUUGGAGAAUUGAACGACAAGCUAUGUGCACUAGACAUGAAUGCAAACAAAUAUAGGAAAUCUACCAGUCAAAGUACUUUCGUGGUUUUUAUAAACUGUCUCACAGUAGUGAGCACCCUAGGCGACCCAGGGAAAUCUGAAUGAGAAGAUUCUGGUGAGGAACAAAGAAUAGACUAUUGAUAUUUUGCUUUUCAAAGUAACAUAAUACUGCAAGAGAAAGAAGUGCAUAUAUUUAAAAAGUUUGGACAUAAUAAAAUUGUCUUAAUAAAUGUGUUAUUUUCACAGUGAGUACACUAAAAUACACUCUAUAAAUUAUUCUAUGUAUUUCUAUAAUGCCAUUAUAGAGCUUAAAAAUAAAUGUUUUAUAUAGACAGUACA